AUGAAGGUGGUAGGGCUGCUCAGCGGCGGCAAGGACUCGUGCUACAAUCUCAUCCACUGCGUACAGCAGGGACACGAGCUGAUUGCACUGGCCACCCUUGCUCCUCCAGGGUCCAAGGAUGAACUCGACUCGUACAUGUACCAGACUGUUGGGCACGAUGCAGUUCAUCUCGUAGCCGAAGCUAUGGAACUUCCGCUCUACCGCAGAGUAAUCAAGGGCACCGCCAUCAACCAGCGCUCCGAGUACGGAUCCCGCACAGCGCCGUCUUCCUCCUCCGCCUCCGCCUCCACCAGCGCAGCAACCGUAGAGUCAUUGCAGGACGAAACGGAAGACCUCUAUCACUUGCUCAUGGACGUCAAGUCGGAACACCCUGAUGUCGAAGCAGUGUCUGUUGGGGCGAUCUUGUCCAACUACCAACGAGUGCGAGUCGAACACGUCGCUCUGCGUCCAGACAUCAACCUCACUCCACUUACGUUUCUGUGGCAGCGCUCCCAGUCCGAACUGUACGCCGAGAUGCUUCAAGCUGGACUCGUGUCGAUCCUCAUCAAGGUAGCAGGGAUCGGGCUGGAUGAGAGGGAUUUGGGCAAGACGCUUGGACAGAUGCAGACCAAGCUCGAGAGAUUGUCGGCCAUGUACGGCGCACACGUCUGCGGCGAAGGUGGAGAGUACGAGACGCUGACGAUCGACUCUCCGCUGUUCAAGAGACGGAUAGAUGUGGGCGAGACAGAGACGGUGGUGCAUUCAGAUGGAGGAGGGUUUGGAAGUGUCAGUUACUUGAAGUUGAAGAACGCAAAGCUAGUCGAGAAGGAUGUGCAGGCACAAAGCAAGGCAACGACGCCUCCGCUGUUGGACGCGGUAGGCAGGAAGACGUUGAAAGCGAUACAGACGGACACGGUUCCGUCCGAUCGCGAAGUACUGUCGAAUCGUGUGAAGGAAUUGCAACUCGAUCAAGCCAGUGUCAGCUUCCCAGCGGCGUCAAUUCGUCGCAAAGGUCGCUACCUCGUCCUCUCCAACAUCACCGGCUUCGCCUCCUCUUCACCCCCAACCACCCCCGAGGACCAAGUCAAGAACGCCUUCCACAAAAUCCACGCUCUGCUCUCCACCUCAAAUCCCGCACUCGAUAUGCAGCACAUCACGCACAUCAACCUCUUUCUCCGCUCCCAAACGCUUUUUGCCCAGAUCAACUCGAUCUAUCGAAUCAUGUUUGGCGUCUCACCUCCCACACGCGCAUGUGUCGCCCUACCACAACUUCCCGCCGGUUGCGAUCUCGUGAUCAACGCUGUCGCCUUCGACGACACCAACUCCGUCCCACCAUUCGAUCGACGUGCACUUCACGUUCAGGGACGUUCCUUUUGGGCACCGGCAAACAUCGGCCCUUACUCGCAGAGUCUAGUGCAAGCAGAGAAGGUUUGGAUCGCGGGUCAGAUCGGAUUGGUCCCCGCUGACCUCAUUUUGCCGCGGGAGGAGGAUCUGCAGACCGCGCUGAGCAUUCAGCAUGCAAGGAGGAUAUUCAAGGCGACUAUGAACGACAUGGGUGGGAGAAGUGUUGAGAAGGGGUGGGUCGAGGGUGGAAUUUGUUGGGUGGAUGCGGAGGAUAGGGUGGAGGUCGCGAGGAGGGCUUGGGUGAGCCAGUGCGAGGGGAAUGAUGACGAUGAGGGUGGGGAGAUGGAGGAAGAGCGGUGGUUAGGUAAGACGUGCACGGAAGGCGAAAUGUUGCCGCCGAUGCUGUUCGUGGUGCUACCUCGUGGUUCGCUGCCUCGUAGCGCUGCGAUCGAAUGGCAGAUCACAGCGCAUACUGGUCGCGUUCCUCCGCCGAUCGAGCCUGCCACUUCUAUGACGGAGAAACCGCCCCACGAAGAUGACGACGACGAUGACGACCAUGAACCUGGGUCCGACGCCACCGACGAUUCCAUCCAACAAUUCUCCACCGUCAUCUGUGAUCCUCAUGGCGCACCAUUCAAGCUGAUUCACACCAUCACCUCCUCCCUCUCCGCCAAAAGCACUUUUGGCAUCCUCACGCUGCGUCGUUCCUCUCCAUCGACCCAAGCCAACAAAGACGAUGAGUCGCCAGAUGCGUUCUCAGCUUCCAUUCAAGCUUGCGUGGCUCGCUCGUACGCCACACAGCUCUUCACACCGACCGACAAGGCUAGCGAUAUAACAGCGUUGAACAUCCUCCAGCAGCUCCUCUCCCAAUCGCCUACACCCGACACUGACGCUGCCAAGCUACUUGAGCAGUUGCAAGUGAUCCCCUGCUCGUCCAUCCAUACCCUCACCACUGCUUCUUCAGAUCAACACGUCGACUUGGCAUUCAUAUGGCACGGCAUCUAA